AUGCUCGUGGGUCCAAGUCAAACGACCGAUUGCGAUCCGCGGGUGGACUCGUACCUAAAUCACAUCGAGACGAACCACUUCUACCUGGACGGUCAGUCGUCGCAAGAAAUGUACUCUGUGGCGUUGUUUUACCUGUUGCAGCGUGGAGUCCCGACAUCCUACGCGGGUCUCAUGUCUCGACGGCGUCUGGCACUCUCGGCCGUCAUGGCAUCGAGCAGUUCUGGUUCAGGAUCGCUUAACGGGACUGCUGUUGCUACGACAGACAUUGAAGUGAACGUCCCGACUACGACGGCCUUGGUGACGUUAGCUGGUUGUAUUUUCAUCGUCGUACUCAUGCUGUGCGUGGUUUACCUUCCCACGUCUCGAGUGAAGCUGUCGCCUGACACGACCCCCGCUGCCCAGUACGUGCAGAUCUUGACGGACGACCUGUACCCGGACGUGGUGCACAAGAAGCGGUUGUGCUUCGCGAACGGCGACUGUAUUUUGUUCAACGAAUACAUCGUCGAUGCCAUCGUGCUGCAUACCAAGCGCGACUAG